CUCCUUUGUCUGAGUCCUUUCGGUCCUCUGCCUAGUUAUUUAUUUAUUUCCUUUUCGUUUGUGGGGUAUAUUUUUAUAUAUCCUUAUCUCUCGGUUUUUGAAUGACAUUCGAUUCCGACACAUAUAUGCCUAAAAGCAAAGCCCCCAAAAUGGAUGAUCUGGACUACAUCCCAGCGGACCUGAGCCCAGAGGAGCGCUCCGAGCUGGAGGAGAUCCGGCGCAGGAAAGGAGCGCUGUUUCUGGAGAUCCAGCGACUGAAAGAGGAGCUGAGAGAAGCCAUUAUUGAGGUGGAGGGGCUGGAGAGCAGCACAGAGGGCAGUAAAACAUUACAGAAGAGUCGACAUGUGGCCAUGGGCAGGAAAAAAUUCAACAUGGACCCGAAAAAGGGCAUUGUGUUCCUAGUGGAGAAUGAGCUCCUCAGACACACUUCAGAGGACAUUGCCCAGUUUCUGUACAAAGGAGAAGGACUCAAUAAAACGGCAAUAGGAGACUAUCUGGGUGAAAGAGAUGACUUCAAUAUCAAAGUGUUGCAGGCUUUUGUUGAUCUUCACGAAUUCACGGAUCUGAACUUGGUACAGGCACUUCGGCAGUUCCUGUGGAGCUUCCGCUUGCCCGGCGAGGCGCAGAAGAUCGACAGGAUGAUGGAGGCCUUUGCACAGAGAUACUGUCACUGCAAUCCUGGAGUCUUCCAGAGCACAGACACCUGUUACGUGCUGUCGUUUUCCAUCAUCAUGUUGAACACCAGUCUGCACAACCCUAAUGUGCGGGACAAGCCCACGGUGGAGCGCUUCAUCAGCAUGAACAGAGGCAUCAACGACGGAGGAGAUUUACCCGAGGAGCUGCUCAGAAUCCGCUGUGAGCGUGGACCCCUUCUACGAGAUGCUUGCAGCCAGGAAGAAACGCAUUUCUCUAAAGAAGAAAGAAGAGCAACCCUGAAAGACUUCACCGUCAUGAAUCUGCGUAAAUCUCCAUCCUCGUCUCACGCUCCCUCCGCUCUCACAGUUCCAGUUCCUGCUAUCAAGAGCAUUUUACUGCACGAAGAUCGUGGUCUGAUGAAGACUUUUGGAGAGUCUAAAUCUGGGCAUUCUUGA